AUGCCACCACCGGCGCCGGACCGGAAGAGGCCACCACCCAUGGAGCAACCCGAGGCCGGAGACGGCGCUCCGCAGCAGCGCCACAAGAAAUCCUCCGCCGCCAAGAAGGCGAAGAAGGGCGGCGCCACCGGCAGCGGCAGCGGCGCGGCAUGGCCGGCGAUAAAGCCCAAGAAGGACCUCCUGGUCAAUCGCCUCAAGGGCACCCAGCUCCUCACCGUCCCUGACUUCCUCACCUCGGCGGAGGCGAAGGCUUUCGUCGAUGUUGCUGAAUCCAUGGGCUUCACGCACCAGGGCAGCCUUGGGCCACUCAAGGGGGAAGCUUACAGAGACAACGACCGGAUAUCUGUCACGGACCCCUUGCUCGCUCAAACGCUCUGGGAUUCAGGGAUAAACAGGGUAUUCGUCGACAUCAACAUCUCCGGCAAAGCAGCGACCGGCUUGAACCCAAAUAUCAGGCUUUACAGGUACGUUGAAGGCCAGCGCUUCGGCAGGCAUAUCGAUGAGAGCGUCAGCCUUGGGGACGGUUCGAGGACACAGUAUACAUUGCUGGUGUACCUUUCUGGAAAGGGGAGCGCAAAGGAUUCGCAGGCCCUUGUUGGAGGGGGGACUGUCUUUUAUGAUCACCGAGGCGGAAUUGUUGCCGAGGUUGCUCCCGUGCAAGGAAUGGCUCUACUCCAUCUACAUGGCGCCAGGUGCAUGCUGCACGAAGCUCGCGUCGUGAAAAAGAACGUCAAGUACGUGCUCCGUUCCGACGUCGUGUUUGCUUAG